UAAAAACAAAUGCUAGAAAAGAUAAUCAAAUGUACACCUCUAACCGUGUAACCGAGAAUCUUUAUAUAAUAGUUCGGAUAUUAUUUUGUAAUUAAUUAAAGAAGUAAAUUUUAAUUUCUUAUCAUACCUGACGUUAUUUUUCAAUCGAAUGUUGUCCAUAAUAUCCAAUCUAAAAACGUUCGUCAAUCGUGGAAUACUAAGCAAUCAAAUCGUUAAUCGGCAAACGUUUGACAAUUGUAUAACGUUUCAUUCCGCGAUUUGUAUUUUACUAAUGAAGAGAAUACGAUCAACAUCAAAAAUAUAUUCUGCCGAAAAAAAAAAUGAUGAAUUUAAUAAAGAUGAAUUGGAAAAUAACUUAAAGGAUACUGAACAUCAUUCUUUGGUCAAAAAUAAAAAUUUACAAAAUCAGAAAAUAACUAAUGUAGCAGAAAUAUUAAAUUCUUCAUCAAAAGAUGUUCAAAAUCAUGAGCAGAAUGAAAAAAAUAAGCUUAAUUUAAAAAGUUUAAGAGAUAGAAAAAAAAAAGUUAAUGAAGAAUAUGAAUUAAGUAUACCUCCUCCAAAAAAUAAAACAAGAGCAGUUGUGGAUCUUAAAAUGAUGAAAGAAGAAUUAAAACAAUUGGAAGAUCCUCCAUUGACUGUAUGGGAAAAAGAAAUAUGUUCAAAUAGACUACCAUAUUCAUUUUUUGAUUGUCCCUGUGAAGAAUUAGCUCAAAGUUUAUUAGGAAAAAUAUUAGUUCGUUGUUUAGAAAAUGGAACUAUUUUAAAAGGUAGAAUUGUUGAAACAGAAGGAUAUUUAGGAGUAAUUGAUAAAGCAUCUCAUACAUAUCAAAAUAAAGUUACUCCUCGUAAUAUACCAAUGUAUAUGCCACCAGGUACUAUAUAUGUAUAUAUGACAUAUGGAAUGUAUCAUUGUUUCAACAUAUCUAGCCAAGAGUCAGGAGCACAUGUAUUAAUUAAAGCAGUUGAACCUAUGCUUGGCCUUGAUUAUAUGGAAUUAUUAAGAAAUAUGCAAUCAGAGAAAAAUAAAAAAGAAAAGAAAAUUGUAAAAAAUGUCAGAAGCUUUAAAAGAUAUGAACUUUGUAACAGUCCAACUAAAAUUUGUACAGCUUUUGUUAUUGAUGAAGAUAGCUUCAAUCAAAAAAAGAUUUAUGAAUGUAGUGAUUUAUGGAUAGAAUGUGAUCCUCAUAUAAAAUCAACUACUAUUGUAGCAGCAAAUUCUGAUGAUUCAAAUAAUGAACAAAAAAUGUGGAGAUAUUAUGUAUUAGGAAGUUCUAGUGUUAGUCAUAGAGAUAUUAAAUGUGAAGAACAUGCUUAUAAUAUAUAAUAAUUAAAAAAUAUAAUUAAAUAUAAUUAUUUUAAUGAUGAUUUUCAUUUUAAUAUUUAAUUCUCUUCCAUAAAAAAAAUCUGGUAAGAUUUUAGGUGAAGGGUGUGCUGUUUUAAUAAGAGCUGUUGAACCCUUAGAAGGUAUUGAAU